AUGGGGCGUGUAGGUGUUUCUGUCCCAAAGGAGCGUUUCCUGACAUGCAUCAGCUUCAUCUAUUUGUUUGCUUUCGCAUCCCUGUACAUUCAGCUACCUGGAUUAUUCAGUGAAAAUGGCGUGACUCCUGUGCAUACUCAAUCCUUAGCUGCUCCGCGUGACAUUUUAGAUGCUGUAAACGAUUUGAACGUUCUAAGAUUUUCGGAGUUCCUGCGUCUUGAUGCCUACCAAUGUUUGGAACUUGUCACAGUUGUUGGCACCAUCCUGGCCUUCUUUUCAAGCUUCUUCAUCGCUUUCCGGACAGCACCGACUUUCUUUGUGCUUUGGGUGCUGUAUAUGAGUGCUUUAAAGGUUGGUCAGCCAUUUCUAUGGUUUCAAUGGGAUAUUUUACUUUUGGAAGCCGGAUUUCUUGCAGUUCUGCUCUCAAGUUUUGGCGCUGUUUUAAGCCUUCCUCGGUCAGUAGCCAGUGACAAGAUAGGAAUGUGGUUACUGCGUUGGCUGUUAUUCCGGCUAAUGUUUGCUUCUGGAGUGGUUAAGUUGACUAGUGAGUGUCCUGCAUGGUGGGGUCUGAAAGCUCUUCAUUGGCAUUAUCAAUCUCAAUGUAUUCCGACUCCAGUUGCUUGGUACAUGCACAGUCUCCCUGGUUGGUUCCAUAGUAUAUGUGUUGCAGCUACAUUCAUAAUCGAAAUCCCUAUGGCAUUUCUGUUUUUUGUGCCUUUUCGUCUUGUUCGUCUUGUGUCAUUUUAUUCGCAGGUACUUCUCCAAGUUAUGAUAAUUUUAACUGGGAACUACAACUUCUUCAACCUUCUCACCAUUGCUUUAUGCUAUUCGCUGUUAAAGGACGACGAUUUUAUUCCUCAACGCAGACGGAAAUGGACCACCUCUGGACUACUUUCGGGCGCAAUUUCUUUGUUUCUAGUGAUUUCCAUUCUUGGUGUUUCCGCCUAUUUGUUCAACUUUUCCAUCUCGAACCAAGUAGUAGUCACAAGUUCUAUAGGUUUCACUAAGAAAGAAUUCUCGUGGUUCGUAAAUACAUCUGUGAAGUACAGUAUUUAUUUUGGGAUCGCUUUAUUCAUUGUGGAAGUUCUGUACAGUGUAGUUGUGGCUCUAAAUGCGCGUCCAUUUUGGCGUAAAUUAUAUGAAUUGGUUGGUGUUAUUUUUGUGGCUGCUAUCGGCUUAACUGUGCUAAUGGGCAGUUUGGUCCCAUUCGCUUCCUUGGACCCUACCAUUGAGUUACUGCCCCAAAAUCGUCAAAUCUAUAAGAAUUUGAAACCGUAUUAUAUUACAAAUGGCUAUGGGCUGUUUCGUCGCAUGACUGGAGUUGGUGGUCGUCCUGAACUUGUCUUGGAGGCUGCGUCAAGUCCAAACGGUCCGUGGUCUGAGUAUGGAUUUAAUUUCAAGCCUGGUCGUGUGGACAGAAUUCCUCCGGUCGUUAUCCCUCAUCAGCCUCGUUUGGAUUGGCAGAUGUGGUUUGCUGCACUCACAAAUUAUCGUAAUCAUCCAUGGUUGAUGAAUUUAAUUUAUCGACUACUCAACCAACAACCUGAAGUUUUACAAUUACUCGAUCUGUCCAGUCUACCGAAUAAUCCAAAAUAUAUUCGAGCUCAAUUGUAUACCUACCACUUUACCAGUGAAGCUAAUAGUAAAGACUGGUGGAAACGUGUAUCGAAAUCUGAAUACUUAUCCCCUGUUUCAUUGUCUUCUGAAGUGUUGCGCACUGCUGUUGAAGAAAGUGGCUUGGUAGGAAAACGUCGUCCUCGUCCACAGGAUCCAACAAUUUUAUCAGAAUUCCUAACACGACUACGACAGUUCAUUGGACAACCACGCGAUUUAUCACCAUUGGUUUUUGUCUGCAUAGUGUUGGUGUUAACCAAGCGUGCAUUUGAACGAGCUGGUCAAUCCACUAGAAUGAAUUAUAACAAGACCUGAGUAUUCUGCAGAUUCAAUUAUUCAAGUGAUAUCUUGAUAUCAAUGAUGAUAAUGCAUUGUGAUGAUA